AUGAAACCAUUUUUCAUUUACGUCGAGGAACUGCAUUCACCAAAUAAUAAUGCAACACCAUUUCGCAGUUCAAAUGUCGGACAAUUUAUCACAAUAAUGCGACCGAUGAUUAUUUUCGGUAACUGCUUUGGACUCAUGCCAUUGCAAAAUUUCUGGGCCAGAGACGCAUCUAAGCUGACAUUCAGUUAUCGCUCCUGGAAUUUCUGGUACUCCUUUUCGAUGCAAAUUUGCAUCUUUGCCUUCGUUUUCACGUCGUUCUACAAGCAAUUUGUCUAUCGAGUGGAAUUUGACAAAAUUAUUAAUUUCCUUUCCUUUACGUCAUCGUUAUUGAUUUACUCAAAUUUUGUUCUCGUUGCAAAGAGAUGGAAAGAGCUGCAUCAAUUCUGGGAACACACAGAGUGGUUGCUGGCAAGCCAAAUUCGUGCGGGAUAUAACAAGAAAAUUUUGCAGAGGAAAAUAUUUUUUAUCGCUUUCGUGAUUCUUGGAGUGGCAAUCGUUGAACAAAUUUUGGACGAAAUAACGGGAUAUUAUCGCACUCAUGAAUGUUGGGACGUGCGAAAUCGGUUGGAGGCGUUUUUUAAGCAAUUUUUUCCGGAAUUCUUCUUUAUUGUGCCUUACAGCAUCGGAACGGGACUUUUUGCGACAUUUGUGCAUUUUUUCUGCAUGAUCAGCAGGAAUUUUGUGGAUUUGUUUCUAAUUGCUGUUUCUUUGGCGCUGCGAGAACAGUUUCAGAUUAUCAAUGACGCCAUUUUGGGAACACCUUUAAGUGCAAUGGAAAAAAACUUUUGGGCCAACAAGUGGCAUUUGUACAAACGAGUGCACGAACUCCUCCAAUGCGUAAAUGCAAAAGUAAACUUUUUAAUUCUCCUCUCAUACGCUACAAAUUUAUAUUUUAUUUGUGUGCAACUCCUUUCAUGUAUGAGACAAAAAUCAUCAGCAGUUCAAGGGUUUUAUCUGUGGAUCUCGCUGGCAUUCCUCAUUGGUCGGGUACUCGUGUUGUCGCUGUCUGCCGCCCAAAUUAACGACGAAUCCAAGAAAAUUCUGCCUUUCAUGCGAAAACUACCGACAUCCAUGUGGAACAUUGACAUUGAACGCUUCCUCGAGCACUUGACGAACGAGACAAUUGCCCUGACUGGCAUGAAUUUUUUUGCCUUAACGCGAUCAUUGAUCCUAAAGAUUGUUUCCACAAUUGUGACGUACGAGUUGGUUCUCUUUCAGUUCAAGGAGGUCGAUGAGACAAAGAGUGGCGGAGAUAAAGAUCCGUGCACGUGA